AAAAUAAGUAGUGGUGAAAUGUGAGAUUGUGUACACUACUGGGUCAGUCAUUCUGAGGUUUAGGAAAUCCUUAUUUAAUGGUAUAAUCAUUUAGUUUUGCCUCAAAAUAUUAUAAAAUGGUGGCUGUGUGGAAGUAAAAAAUGGAAGAGAAUAUGGCAUUUUAAUACAUUAUUGUUAUCAUCAUCGUUUUUUAAAUAUUUUAUCAGUUAGACAUUUUUGAUAAAUGCUUGUUGAACACAGUUCAUAAAAUCAAUAUGGUGCGGCGUUAUCAUGGUCAUUGUUGUUGUGCUGGACGUAACAUGCGUGGACUUCACAUCACGUGCCACAUCAUUCAGCAGCAGUCAUCACUCGUUUGUUGAAGCCAUUUCCCUGAAACCUCAUCCUAAACGGUCCCAGUUCUCGCAGUGCACUACACGAUGGUGACAAACAACCAGUUCGUCACCAGUGGGAUCCCUCGUCCGUGGAUUGAAGGCUAAUUCCUGCAGAAAGACCAGGCCGAUGCUGACCCUCGCUGCUCUGUGUCCUCCCUCCGGACACCGCGGACGCCGCCGCCGCCGCCUCGUCCUGUCACGGAGGCUCCGCCGCAGCCACAGCGUCACUGAGCUGCGGUCCUGCACAGACAAACCACACACUACACUCAUCAGGGAAUUUCUCUCCAAAGCCCCCUGAAUGUUGUUUGUCAGUUGUGCAAGACAGAGGGCUGACGAUGGAUUCCAGAGGCUGAGGCCUCUUGAUGUUCCUGUGAGAGGCGCUGAGCCAAUCGAGACCGCACUCGCAGACGUCACAAAGCCAACUCGAAGGGCUGAUUGGUUGGAGCAGGGAAGGAGGACAACCCCUGUCCUUUUAUAGACGACCCCCGUCAGGCGGCUUUAAGCUACUGGUCACCCCUGGCAGCACGUAGAGACGCAUUUAUUACUACUACACACCACUCUCCUGAACGGGCCGCACGGUGGUGCAUGGCCGCCGCAUCCCCCUGUACCGCGAUGAGUGCUGCGCAAAGUUCGCCGUCCGGAGACGCAAAACUGCUACAAAAACAAGAACAGACGGAAACGGAGGGAGAUGAACUCCAGCCCAAAGACAUGACCACGGAAAAGGGAUACAGAUCACAGCGGAGCUGCCUCCCGUUUAGCGUGGAGUCGUUGAUUUCCAAAAAACCCACCUGUCGGACAUCCUAUCCCCCCUCGGACCUUGCUCUGGUCCUACCCAAGCCCGGGGUUACACAGGGCGCACCGUUCUCCCCAAGGACUCUUUACGCUGAUGGCAAGGUUUCCGCGGAGAGCUCUCGGGCUGUCUCCAGCAGCUCCGCUGAAGACAGUCCACAGUUUUGUGAGAAAGAACAGAGCACUUGGUUCCAGACUUCUUCCUUUACUACUCCUCCUCGAAGCUCCAGUCCAAAUCAAUGUACUUUAAGGAAACACAAAAAUAACAGGAAACCUCGCACGCCCUUCACUACCUCUCAGCUGCUGGCCUUGGAGCGCAAAUUUCGCCAGAAACAGUACCUCUCCAUCGCCGAGAGAGCGGAGUUCUCCAACUCGCUCAAUCUGACGGAGACUCAGGUGAAGAUCUGGUUCCAGAACAGAAGGGCCAAAGCCAAGAGACUACAAGAGGCCGAGCUGGAGAAGUUCAAACUGGCCUCCAAGCCCGUCCUCCCCGCCUUUGCGCUGCCGUUCCCCAUCGGAGCGCACAUAGGCUCCCCCACAUGGAGCCCAUCAAGUGCCUUCCCGAGACCCAGUCUGCCAGUGCCGGGACUGUUCGGUGGACCCACUUAUGGGAUGUACUACUUGUCCUAAUGCUCCCGAGUGCGUGUGUGCACAUUAGCGUGCUUGUCCUCGGGCUGCCUGUAGUCUUUGGAAGGCCGCACCGCAGAAGGAUAACAUGUGUUUAAUAUAUCAGAGUUUAUUUUUUAAAUCUGGUCUAAAAUAAACCUUUUCUAUGAUGUCAAAUGUAUGACCACUGCCAUCACGACACAGACUACGGUCUGUUUGUUGGUGCGUUAUGGAACUGCGAGCGCUCACUCAGAACUCGUAAUUAUGGUGACAAGCGCUGUGGAAUCAGUUGUGGUUCCAACUUUAAAUGUCAGGUUUUCAAACGACAUGCUUUAAACACUUCGUUCAUUGUCCACUCUGUCCAACAGUGGUGAAAAUGGACAGCUGGAGUGAAUUCGAACACGAAGACUGCAGUAUUCUUCUGGAUGCAACAGAACAGUACUUACUGGUGUCAGUGCCUUACGUCUCAGAGCAGUGCAUCACUUAGAGUUCACCUUCUUAUCCCGCACUGCUGUUUGACUAUAUCCUCUCACCCUCGGGUAAAACCUCAAUUGCUGUUUGAAUAUUUUCGACUAUAUUCGAUCAUUCCUAUCAUUUUUCUACCGUCUAAUUUUGUAAAUUGUAUUAGAUUUUAAAACCCUCCACGAGACAUUUGUGGGAGUAUUGAUAGGUUUUUUUUUCUGUGAAGAGCUGCAGAUAAUGUAAAUAAAAUUUGUAGUGUUCAUAAAGUCCUGCAGUCUCACCUGAGGUCGGGCAGGAAAUCUGAUAUUUAUUGAAUAUGUUUGUAUCUGUACUGUGUACAUAAAAUUGUUCAGUUACUUGUAAAAACUGACUUUAGAAAAUAAAAUCUAAACAUGCUCUAAAA